AUGCGGCCAGUACGUCCCUCGGCUCGUGCCACUUCCAGCAGCUCUCAUUGGCCUGGAGCAGUGAACCGCAGCCAGUGGGAGCCGCAAUCAGCCAGACCUGCGGAUGCGGCAGCCCUCUUGGAGCUCAUGAGGUGUAUAGCUCUGUCAAGAAUUUGCUAUGGAGACCAUCACUGGAAAAUGACAGAAGCCCAUGUUAAUUUGGCUCAGGGAUACCUCCAGUUUAAAGGAUUUUCACUACAAGCACAGCAACAUGCAGAAAAAGCCAAAGAAAUUCUUCUUGCCAGCUCAUCUAUCCCUUCUUCUGAUUCUCAACGAAGAAUGGACAUUCUUAAGUGCUCAGUUGCCGUUUUUCACACAUUAGGACGAUCAUUAACUGCUCUUCACAAAUUGAAAGAUUCAGAGAGAAAUUUAAUAAAAACUCAGGAACUUUUAGAGGAACUGCUACAAAAUGAUCAGGACAAAUGGGUGGAAAUCAAAGCAGCAGCUGAGUUGUCUUUUGCACAAUUAUGCCAGUGUCAGAAAAGAUCAGAAGAUGCUAUUCUCUGCUAUCAAAAAGCUCUGAGCUAUAUUGAGAGGAGUAAGGGUGAAACCAAUCUGGAGUGUAUUCCUGUACACAAGAAAAUGGCAGGAGUAGCACAGGUUCUUGGGGUUCAUGCAACAGCAAUCCAGCAUCUUGUAAAGGCUCAUUUCAUUGCCCUGAGAAAAAGCCCUUCUUCAGGGGAAACAGCAGAAACUGCUCACUUGGUGGCACAGGCUGCAGAUGCCUUUAAACAAUCAGAGCACAAGGGUGUGUGCCUUUUAAAGGUUAUGAAUAGUUACCAUGCUGUCCUGCUUGUAGGAAUGCACACUUCAGUAAACGCUGCACAGUGGAUCACAGUAGAUUUAGUCCCUCUUGCACUGUUUCUUUCAUUUUGCAGACUUUGUAUGACUGUGACGUCGUUUCUCAAGCAUAAAAAUGGCCAGUAUCCUGUCUUCCAACAGUGGCCAGUGCCAAGUGGCCCAGAGGGAAUGAACAGAACAGAUCUGGCUGAGAAGUAUUUUCAAGAGAGCAUUAAUGCUUUUAAAGAAGCUGAAGGGCUGGAGAGUGCUAAAUGCCUUGGAGCUGUGGAUGAUUUCUGUCAGUUUCUUAUAGCCACUGGACCACAGCAACUGAUGUUGUUCUCCUUCCCUGACACGUUUUUAAUUUUUUUUUGGCCAUUUUUCCUUUCACAGAGAGCACCAAUAAUGCUGAAAGGUUCAUUAGAAGCUAAAAUAUCCCUAUUUGGGUAUCUCAGCCUGGAAGUAGCAGAGACAUACUGGCUCCCAGGAGGAACAGAACUGGCACAAGGACACACACAUUUGGCAUACAAGAAACUUAAGAAGUGCCUGUACCUUCAGACCCUCUUAUUUGGCACCCACAACAAAAGGACUGUAGCAACCCAGGAGGACAUUGACUUGUCAAAAUGAAAUCACAGAAAUGGAAGGGACCUCGAGAGGCGAUCUAGUCCAGUCCCCUGCACUCAAGGCAGGACUAAGUAUUAUGUAAUACUGCCUCCUCAUUCCGUUUUGGAAAUGCCAAAUGUUUUGCACUGAUAAGCUGUAACUACAUCAUAGAAGUUGUUGGGUUGAAGCUGGAGGUUCUUGAUAGCUGAGGCUUUUAACUCCUGGAGGGAGUGGAAGAAAGUUUCAUAAACACAUUAGCUGGCUGCUUCUGCCAUCAUCAGUGAAAUGGAUAAUGUUUACAUUUAAAAGGUCAUCUUUAGGUUUCAGACUUAACCAGUGAGAUGAAUGGGUCAUUUUACACCUCUGCCUUUCUGCACAUUCAGGAGGACAACACUACAUCAGUUGACAGUUCACUUUUGUAAGGUUUUCUUUGCAACCAUGUAUUUGUACAGAUUAAGAAAAGGGCAAGGUUAGGUCAGGGUUUGUUAACAUGUGGUUGCUAACCACAAACUUUUCCCUAGCGUAGACAUGGGUUAACAUAUUUAAGCUAGUCAAAUUCAACCCUAGAGAUGAGGCCCAGGUCAAGCUCAAUCAGUUAAAUCAAAAUAAAAGGUCAUGGCUAGCUUUUCCUAAUCUAGAGAAACCUCCAAAGACCAGACUUCUGAUCUCUUCUAGCCUGUAAGUGCAAAGAAAAUUGCUCCUCUCAUUAGGCACUAUGGAUGGUGUUGCCAAUGCUACAGAAAAGUUUGAAAGAUCUGACAGUGCAGGCACUGAAAGUAUUAAUUGUGACGAUGGACACUAGGAAUGUGGAUAGUAUGACUAGGGAUUUUUGGCUGCUGUUAAAACAACAGUUGUUCAGUUGCUGGAGCAACAUAUGAAGUCACUAAAAAUAAGUUCCAAGAAGUACACUGUAUAUGGCAAAUGGCAACAGCACACAGAGACAAGCUGGAUCUGAAAACAUUACUUCUGAAAACGUGCUAUUACAUGAAAAUAAAGAGAAAACCCCAGCAAAACUGGACUGUGACUCAGUAUUUCUGUGGGAUUUGGCUCAUGAUAUAGUUCCACUGACUUUAAUGCAAUGCAAAUAUUAAAAUUGUUUUUACACUUUAAGAUAGUAAAUUAGUAAGGAAGAGCACAGUCUAGUGGAUACAGCACAAGCCUGAGAAUAGGAACUCUGGCUUCUAUUCCUGGCUCUGCCAAUGAUUUGCUGUGUAAUCUUUAACAAGUAACUUCACCUCUCGAUUCUUCAGUUUCCUCUUUGUUCGUCUUAUCUAUUUAGACGGAAGCCGUAAAUUUAAAUGCUGAAGUCUAUCCCAGCAAGACAGAGAUGGUGACAGACAGAGGUACAGAGAAUCACAAGCUAUUAAAGAAUAUUUCUCAAGUCUCUAUAGGCUAAGGCAGCAACCUCAAUGGACAAUAAAAACCUUCCAGGCAAUGCCAAGCUGCUUCCUACUCCCUGAGGACUACGAAUCCAUGCACAAGCCGACAACACUAGAGGUAAUCGUGAUAUGGCUUCUGGAGAGGCUCUGAGAUUUAAUGGGUUCGCAGCUGACUUUUACAGAGCUGCAACAGUGCCUGUUCAUUUACUAACUAAGCAUGUGUCAAAGCACCUAGAUAUCUGGGCAGCAUCAUGCACAGUCCUGUGUGAAUGUUAAUUGUCACAGUAUCUCUGGGUCUUUUGUACCGAGAUGAAGGUAUUAUUACCUCAUUUAGCAGAUGCAUAAACUGAAGCAGAAAGAUUAGAUCAUGAGCCCAAAGCAACAGAUGAAGUGGGUGUCAGAGCUGGGAUUUGAUCAGUAACAAUAACUUCUGUGCUCUUUCUACUAAAUAAGUGUCUCUGAAUUAACAAACAUGUAUGGAUCACUUCACCCACCACUUUCUGGACAAACUCAGCUGCUUAACAGUUCACAGCAACAUUAUACAAUAUUUAAAGGACAGUAGUAGCAGUACUUAUCAAGCAAUGUUGUAACUACACAUUCUCUGUGUGUGAAACAUUAAUACACAAUAUAAACAAAUCUAUGGAUUCAUGAGGACAAGAUAGCAGCCAGACAUAUUCAAUUUUUGCAGGUUAUUUGGUUCACUCAAUAAGAAUUGUCUUCUGAAUUUAAAAAUCAAUACAAAUUGUAAAGAAUAAGUUUCAUCACCAACUUUAUUGAAAAUAAAGUGUUAACAGCGGAAAAACUCAAAAUCUUUACCAUAAAAAUGUUCUCUCUCUGCUAUCCAUCAACUUUUUUUCCCCAU